CCCUCGCAUCGAGGCGCCGUCAUCACACGCGAUUUGUACUCUGGGCAGUGAGGAACUGUCCGCCGUGCACCACCUGUUAGAGACCGCCCGUUCGGGUUUCCGUUUCCUCAUCACCACCGCCGGCUCCCAUCCUCACGUCGGCUCGGUUCGGCUCAGCACGGAUCACUUGUUCCUCUCGUCGGCGUGGGACAGGUGUCCGGGCGUACGAGCGCAUCGACGACUCGAUCGCGAGCGAGCGGAGACCGGAAGUCGGCGGGACCGCCGGAAGUCCGCCGUCCUUGCCGCCGUCAUCGUCGUCGGCGUUCGUCCUCUCACUCCGUCGAGUCUUCUCUUGCUCCUGUUCGAGGAAGAGAGGAUUCUUCUUCUUCUUCUUCUUGCGCUUCUUCCUGCGUUCCUGUCAGCGUCCACAGGUUGUCGAUUUCAUCACUUCCGCGGUGACGAAUCACGAGCGAAUUGGGAAUUCCUCCACGGAGAGGCUCCGCAACAAAUGAACGUUAUUAACUUACACGCUUGCACGAUGGUACUGAUCGGCAUUCUGAUGUUGACGACGACAAUCAACCUCAUAAGUUCCGCGCCGCUGUCUCCGUACGAGAAGAGGGAACUCUCGGACCGUCGUCCCAAAAUUUUCCUACUGCCGGAUCGAGCGAUGCCAGAAUUGGAGAGUGAAUUACUGGAAACGGACAACAAUUUCGGCACGUUGCGUGCCAAGAGGAUUGGCUCUUUGUCGAUCGUCAACAAUCUGGAUGUGCUGAGACAAAAGUUCCUGCUGGAGCUGGCGCGCAGGAAGGCGUUGCAAGAUCAGCGGCAGAUCAACGAGAAUCGCCUCGUCCUCGACAGCAUCGGCAAGAGAUCCGUGCCCGAGUUUUACGAAACGGACGCCGCUAGCUUCGUGAAACCGGGCACGAGAAACGGCCACGACUGGACCGCGCCGUCCAACAGACUCGAGUGGAUCGAGGAGGCUCCGGGACCACAGGACGACCGGAUGGCCAAGGUGCAGGCUAAUGAACUUCGCCUAUAGUGAUCUGCAGAGGAAGAUCACUAUUCUGAUACCUUUAGCUUUACUAUAUUGUGACUUUAAAUCGACCAUCGUCAUUGCUGCAUUCUUUCAUCGAGUAUCUCUUCUUUCCGUUUAUCCGUUCCCCGUUUGACAGAUAAUCCCAGAAGAUUCUGACGAUGCGUGAAGAUACGUGAAGAUAGCUUGCUGAAUUUCCCAAUUGGCAACAAGAGUUCAGGCGCGCCGUCGCUGAUCACAUCCAUCGGAGAGAUCGAAACCUUCCGCGUGCACAGUAUUCGACUCUUCUCUUCUGUCUUCUCGUUGACUCUUCUCUACGCCUAGCUUAAGCGUUUAUUUAUUGCGUUGCGUGACCACAAUUAUUAUAUGUAAUGAUAGAGCUCGGGGGUGGAAUGAGAAUCGGGCGACUGUACCGUUCGAAGACGCAGAUACGACAUGGCGCAUGAUAGAUUGGGCUCUGCUGUUCCGCGUCUCCUAUAAUUAGCAAAUAAUUCACAUCUUCGGACAAUCGCAUGGGAACGCGACGCGGUUUUUCAUUUCUAGCUUUCUGUAUCUGGCCUCUUCGGACGCGGAGAGAAAGAAAGAGAGAGAGAGAAGCUUAACGAAGCAGUAUUACACGUUGUGAUUUUUUUAGGCUCUCCUAUAUCUCGCAGAGAAUGACCUGGUUGUCCGAUCCUUCCUUAGCGCGUAUUUAAUUGAUCGCGGUCGCACGGGAUGUAGCGUAACGAGGAGACACAUAGACUUGUUACACUCUCACCGCACUCUGAUCCUCUCGCCAACGAUAAAUGUACAAAUAACUUGAUUCUAUCGAUACCUGCAUCGCCCCCGCGUUGGAUUGUUGGACGCGGCGGGCGCUCACCUCGUAUGUACCUGCUGUUUGCAUCUCUGCACGAAGUCUAUUUUUUCUGCGUGUAGCGUGUUAAUCGACGAUGUCGGGAGGAACUAUCCGCCAAUUCGAAUUCGUAGGAAUCGAAUCUCGUGAAGGGAUCCGGAGAGCGUAUGCACACCGCGUGGCGGAUAAUCCUCCGGGAUGAACGCCGAUGCGCGAAUCCCGGAGGAUCUCCGCGACGCGUCAAGGUUUCCAUGAGUACAACACGCGCGUGUGUAUAUCCUGCGCGUAUUAAUUUAGGAAUAAUUUUCCAUUACGCACACCGCGCUUAAUUAUCUUUAUUGUUAUUAUCGCGCUUCGUUAAUUUUCAUGUUAAUUUAACUGUAAUAGUUGCGUGUGUUUCGUUAAUUUGUUGUAAUUGCAUAUUUAUUUGAUAAAGAAAUGGAAGGCCUCGUGGAAAUAUUCGUACACAUUUCGUUAACAUUGUUAGCAUUGUUAACGUUGAUCGUUUAGCGAUGUCGCGACACUUCAGGAUACUUUCACGUUGACUUGUACAAUUGUUUUAAUACGUUUCAUCGACGAACGUGCGGAUUAAACAAUUUCAGACGAAUGAAUAAUUCUAACUAUUAAAGUGUUCGAGGAAAAUCCAGAAGAAUCAAGCAGAAUAUUAUUAAUAAUUCUUGUCAAUAACAAUUUAGAGAUCAAUGUUAGAAAUUAGAGUAGACACACUUUCCGCAGAAUCGUUCCUUCCUUUUUAUUAUUGGAUGCUCCAAAUUGUGCGAGAUGUAAUCUGUCAUCGACGAACGACGAAUCGAUAUAUUUAAAUACGUAUAUGUUAGAUACGUGCAUGUUGCAUUAGUUCGUAGCGAUAAGUAAUUAUUUAUUUAAAAGAAAGUAUAAUUGAAGCGACAUAUAGACAAUUCUCCGUUAUAUUAUCAUAUGUUCGACGUAUAAUUUUCCUACAUGUAGAUCGCCUUAUUCCAUUAUUAUUGUUAUUACGACAUUAAGUUGCUUGAGAUAAUAAUAUGAUUAUGCUUGAGAUAGUAAUAUGAUUAUACUUGAAGACAAUGAUAUGAUUAUGCUUCAAAUAAUAUGAUUAUACUUGAGAUAUGAUUACGCUUGUGAUGAUAAUACGUCGUUUAAUAAUAAUAAAUGAUAAUAAAUUUCGUUCGAUGAA